GCUCACCCACCUCGCCGCCGCCACCCCCCGCUGUCCACCGCCACCCCCUCCUUUCUCUUCACCUCCUAGAAUCAACGCGAGCGACUAGGUUGGAGUUAAUCCAUCGCACUUUCCUCCUCUCUCAGAGAUCGCACACACACAACGCGUUGCGGCUCCGUUAAAGGUCAAGGGCAGCAGCGUCGGCUUGGCCGACCCGGUCGCCCGCGAGAGUUGUUGAGCUCCUCUCUGCGCCAGUGGACGUUCUCCCUUCCUCUCUCCCCCCUCUCUCUCUCUGUCUUCGUGUUCCCCGCGGGGUUUUUUUUCCACCCCCCCCCCCACACUGUCCAAGUGGUUUUUUUUUCGGCCGCUUGCGAGCGCUUCGGGGCUCGCCUUCGAAGACGCAGCCGCCCCGCAACGCAGGGGCAGGGAACUUCCCGAGCAAAGGAGGCCUUGGCGAGCACUACCGGCGAGCAGUCCUUUCCCCCCCGCGAUGGCGUGCGCCGUGGCAGAGCCGGACCCGCGCGGGGACUUCCCGGCGUGGCUGGCGACGCGCGGCAUGAAGCUCAAGUUCGCCGACGCCAUGGAGCGCGAGCUGGGCAUCAGCGACUACGAGGAGCUGCUGGCGUGCGCCGAGGACGCGCAGGUGACGGCCGAGCUGCUGGGCGCCGCCCGCGACCGCCUGCCCUUCGCCUUCUACGCCGUGCUGCGCCGGCUCGUGCGCGCGCUGGCGCCGCGGCAGCGACAGCGGUGGUGGAGGCGCCAGCGCCGACAAAGCCGCAGCCGGGAGCCGCUGUCCGGCAACGGCCAAGACUACGGGAAGGAGGAGCGAGCCAGGGACGAUGAAAGCGGCGGCGGCGGCGGCGAUGAGGAGGAGGAUGAUGAGGGGCCGGGAGGGUGCGCCCCCGGCUGCGAGGGAGUCCUGGCGAGUCGCGCCGUCCUCGACGCCAUCGUGGCCACGCUGAGCUCCCUGAGCCGCGAGCUGCUGCAGUCGGCGCAGAGAUUCCGCUGCCUGGAGCCGGCGCUGCCGACUGAGGUGGUGACACAAACGCCACGGAUGUGUGCCAGCGAUGGGAGGACAGGCGGUUAUUGCAUCAGGCCAUCCCAAAGUACUCCCAUCUCAAGAGAAGCUGAGGUCUCCCAGGCUGUGGAGGAGGCUUCUCCUGGCUUCCGUGAAGAUUGCUUCGAUGUCACCCGCAUUAAAAAAGACCCAUACGAAGAAGCGGAUCUCGUGCCAGACGCUGGCACCCUCGUGAGCGACUGUCUGGGUCAGAGUUUCACUGCGGUCCUGGCCGCCCCUCGGCUGAAGGAGGAGGUGGAGGAGGCGACGGCAUUUGAAGACCCCGAGUCUCCUCCGGAGGCCGGGGAGUGGGAAGACGACACGUGGCCGACACAACCGCAAGGCAAUGCCGAAUGGAGCCACAACCAAGAGGACACGGCACCCAUCCUGCCCCAGCCCCCCACCGACGCCUACAUCUACCCCGACUACGCCGCUAAACCCUCACCACCGGGGCGCCGGUGCAUACCCACUGGCCGUCCGUACAACCAGCGACAGACGUUGCCACCGCCAGCGCCACCACUACAACCACCACCAGCCUCUCACAUCACCGCCGCCGCAGCCACUGUCGGCCUCGGUGGCGGCCCCUUCACGUGCGCCACCUGUGGCCUCGGCUUCGGGACAAAACGCUGCGCGCAGGCGCACGCGCGCACGCACACACAAACGGGCGGGCGCGCGUUCAGCUGCGAGGUGUGUGGCAAGGCCUUCACGCUGCGCUGCAACCUGUACCGGCACAAGCAGAUGCACGCGGCUGACAAGCCGUUCGAGUGCAGCGCCUGCGGCCGGCGCUUCAGCAAGCGCAUGCACCUGCGCGUGCACUUCUCGGCAAUGCACAAAGUGGUGGUGGCACCGGUACAGGGGGCUCCGGCGUCAGCGGCUGAAGGCUCCGGCGUCGGUGCAGCGCUGGGAGGACACGGGAGAAAUGGUCACCUGGUGGUGUCGGGUUAUGGGCACAGGGCGCUGUAAUACAAUGAAAUGACCGAUCAGCCAUCAGCCCAUAUAUGGUUGUGAAACCUGAAUCGAGAUAUAUUGUAUUGAUGCUCAUCGUCGAUCCGAGAGCCAAGUUGGAGUAUCGAGUUAUUGAGGGUUAAUCACCGAGUUGAUUCAUUGGCAAGUGAUCCAUGGAUCGAGUAAUCCCAUCGGUUAGGAUAGCGUCAUGUGAAAUGGCUUUUUUUUUUAGCUAAUAUCGGCGGCAUCGAAUGACAAGGACGAUGCUGUUGUUGUUUCAAGACUGGCAUGUUUAAAUACAAGUCAAUCAUGAAUACAUUCAUGUGUUCCUGCUAUUCUCAUAGCACAGGCUAUCUCAAAGGCGCGAUGCAUCUACAUACAUACUUCUUUCAAACCGUACAUAGCCAACCGUGCUAAUCAGAGGUGCGGGGUGAAGGAGGUUACAUCGUAGUCUGCACUUUAAGGGACAGCUGCAACCACGGUCCCCUGCCGCAGGACGACUCUUCUGCAUUGGAGGGAGGCGCGGUGUAAUGAUUGUGAGGACGUUGCUGUGCGAGAUUUAAGUAAUUUGCGGGUAACUUGAAAAAUGUGGGCCUUGGUCAACACUUUUGAUUGUUGCCGGAAACUUUAAGGGCCACUGUGAAGCUGAGGGUGGGUCGUCUUGGUUAACGCACAACUGCGUUCUUAACCAUGGCGGCUGCUGGACUCUUGACCACAAACCUUUGCAACUCGCAGGAAAUGUGCUGCCAAUCUGUCACGUUAAAUAAUGUAACAUGCCCUGCCAAGUGUGUGCAUGCAUUUAAUAAGGCCCUGUUGACACACUGCUGUUACCAAGUCAUUGUUUUUAAUACAUGGACAGGACAUAUGACAACACAAACCCAUAUAGCCAUACAAAGUCACCGACAACACAUUUGGCGUGCAUCAGUAGAUACGUUUUCAACGACGCGUUAUAUUUAAAUCACAUUUACAGAAAAUCUAUCAUUUACAAAUAUCACUUUAAAAACUAACAAAUCAUUUGUAGCUUAAGACAUUCUCAUCACAUUUCUAAACUGGAUUUUAUGGUCAUUUUGCGAUCAUGUGGUCACACAAGAGAUAUGUUGACUCAAUGGAAUUUUCUAAAUCGGCCAAAACCACACCAUCCGGUAUUUGGUUCUGGCUUGUGACCACCCAGACGUUGCCAAGAAGUAAAAGUGGUUUGGUGACUAGUCAGGGCACUGAGUUGAGGCCACAGAAAUUCUGGGGAAGCUGGUUUCUAAAGCGUAAAGUUAACCAAUGGCCACAAAAACAUUGCUUUGGCUUACAGCAGCUCUGCCUAAAAAAACCCAAAUGGAUUGUCACAUGACAAACAUCUAUUGCAGAGCAUGUACACUAGAUAGUGAGGAUAAGAGGUGAAUGAAGGAACUUCAGAAAUAGUUAUGUGACAACUUCCAGAGGUUAAUUCUAUUCAUCAUGGGGUGAUGUUACACUGCUGAGUUGCAAAAAAAAUUAAAUUAAUCUUACGACUUGAAAUAGAACAGAUGGAAUGUGAUUGGGAAGAAAAAGCAAACAUAAGGAUGCAACCCCUGGUCUUGUCGAGAAGACCCUAAAACAAGCAAUAAUGUAUAUUUUCCACAAAAGACUUACUGUUCCUGUAUGUAUUAAGAUGCUAAAUGUUUUGUAUGAGGUUAUGCAGGAGCCUGUAAGAUGGAUACCAAAGAUGAAUAUCUGACCCAGAGCUGCAUUCUAGGAUUAACAAUGAGAGCCAAUUCUGGUUUCCAUGGUAGCACGUAUCAUCAGUAGUUGCCGAGCGAUGGUUGCUGUUGAUCUAAGCUUCCAUGCGCCACACAGAGAAAAUAAUAAAGCAUGCUUCAGUCAGACGUCGGACUUAUCACUCCACUCAUGUGCGCUGCAUCAAAGAUCCGGUGGUGAGCAGG